ACGCGUGCCACAGUCAGAUGGCGGCGAGGACGGCGGUGACGGUGGCCGACGUCCUGCGGCUGCGAGAUGCUGGUCUCAGCGCGUCUGAAACUUGGUCCCUGCUGUGCCAGGCCACCCAGGGCCUGCAAGACCUCUUCUUAUCCCGUUGCGUGUUGCCGCAGAAGGCUGUCCCGCGGAUAACGCCGAGCGGCCUCCAGCUAACGCGGUUUGGUCGGGUGCGGCUGGAGCUCGCUUAUGCGGACUGUGGCGAGCACUGCGAUGUGUACGUGGCCCCCGAACGACGCUGUGGAGGACAGGUCGCCUGCGAUGCGAGCAGCUUGGAAAAAGCGCUGAUCUUCUCUCUGGGCACGGCGUUGCAGAGGGCGGUGCAGAGUGAGGAGGUCACCGGGGGCGACCUCGAGGCUGUGCUGCAGUCCAUGGUUCGGCCCGACCCUGACACGCGCGCGUCCCUAAUGGACCUUCUCGAUAUGAUAUCUGAAUACUGCAAGACUCGCACUGAGACCAAACCAUUCUCGCAUCUUGUGACGGACAUGUACAGGGAAGUGUUGGCAACUCCCCCUCAGGCAAGUAAGUGCCUUCCAUCGAACCAAAAUGUGAUACACCCUAACACUGUGAUGGAUUCUGCACAGAGGACCAAUAGUUUUCCAAAGGAAUACCAGAGACGUGACACUGAAGAAAGAAAUACAAAAAUUAAUAAGAGCUACUCACUGGCCUCUAAAACCGACCGUGGUUCGAGACUUGCUCCACAGAGAGCGCCUUCUAGAUUAUAUCGAACUGCAUCGUCAUCGAGAGACAUAGAACCUUGUGCGAAAUACUGCUGUCCCAACACUUGCAUCGGCCCCGAAUUCAUUAUAAAGGCUACAAAGCCCAGCAAAUGUAUCCAUAUUAAAGGAGUGAAGGCAGCAUGUAGGAAGAAAGUUGUAGUCAUAUUACUAAAUGGACAGAAGAUCGAUGUCACAUGUGAUCAAAACACAACUGCGAGACAGAUAUUUGAGGUUGUAGUGAUCAGUGAGGGACUUGAAGACAACUUCACAUUAGGCCUUGCAGCUUUGUUAGGUGGUGACUUUGCUUUUCUACCCCACAAAACCAAGUUACGUAAGGUGGCACCUGUGGGAUGGCGUGGAGACUCCAAGAAGGAUGCUGUACAAAGCUACACAUUUACUUUAUAUCUCAGGGUCAAGUUCUUCAUGCCAAGUCUGAGAGGAGUACGGAAUUGGACCAUGAAGCAUUUAUUGUAUCUUCAGUUGCGUAGGAAUUUGUUAGAGCAGCAAAUACAGUGUAACAUAGACCAGCACAUUGCUUUGAGUGGCCUUGCUCUUCAGUCUGAGUUUGGAGACUACUUGGAUCAGGAACAUGGGCACGGGGCCUACUUCUUACUGGAACAUUAUAUUCCUGAAAGUCUGCUUGUCCAGCAUGAAGAUGAACAGGCUCUAAGGGCACAAAUGCAGUUGCUGCACAAAAAAAGACACGGUUUGGAUCCUGGAAGAGCAGAAGAGAUAUACAUUAAUCUAGUUCAAAUGUUGAAAGGAUAUGGUACACAUUUUUAUAAUGCAGUGUUGGAGACAAAGGAUGAGUACAGUCAUGAAAUGUUGCUUGCAAUUGACUCCCAAGGUUUGGCGCUAUAUAAAAAUCACAGAAAUGAGAGACAUUUGCAUGAGUUCUUAAUUUGGAAAAGAAUACAGUUGCUUUCAUACAACAAACAGUACCUCUUCAUCAUGCCUCAGUAUGACAAUAAGGGAACUCUGAAGCCCACAAAGUACAAACUGCAAAUGGACCACAAAAAGAGUUUCUAUGUGUUUCAUCUUGCUUCUUUUCAUCACCAGAUAUCUAUGAAGCUCAGGUUUGAUGUCAACUCGCUGCGUUCGCUCACGGCAGAAUUUGGAGUGUCCAUCAGAAAUCACCUUGGCAGGGAGAGUAGAUUGUAUCAUAUUGAGAACAAUGAAACUGGUAACUCACGUAGACAGCAAUGUGUGUUAAUUGCACCUUGUAACGUUAAGCAUACACAGAAGGCUGUUGCAGUAAUCCAAAGAGAUAACAAAGCAGAUGUUGCUAAUGUAGUGCCAUUCUGUGACCGCCUUGGAGUUUCACAGUACUUGAAACAAAUUAACAUAGAAGAACAUCAAAAUAAGGAAAAUGAAAAUCCUGAAGCACAGAAAGUGCAUUAUUGUAAUUCUUAUACAUUAGCUGUCAGAAAUGAGCAAAGAAAAGCUACAAACAGCAGAACAGAUAUACAAGAUCAUGUUUGUUCCGCAUUAUCGAGGAACACAGUGAAUGACAUCAAAGGUACAAGUUUCCCACAGCGAAUCAGAGUUCGGAUGGGUACCAAGGCCUUCUUCAGUGAUGUCCGCAAGGAAAGUUCCUGUUCAUAUCAGAAACCAUGUGAUACAGCAUCCACAAUAAUAUCAAGCUCUUCUAAGCAUUCCUCUCUGCAAGAUGCAUAUGUUCUUAAUUCAAGUAUAAAAUCAGCUGCAGAAAAAUUUGAAGUUGAUUUUCAAGAAACACUGAGUGAAUCAUUGCUAGAGAAGUUUGAUACAUUAUCUUGCAAAGAGGAAAGAAUCCUAAGAACUGUAAAGAUAAGAAGAGAUGAAUGUGGAAAUUUAGGCCUUCAGAUCAAGGCAGGCUCAGGUGGUGGAGGAUUGUACGUCCAGUCCGUUGUACCAGACGGCCCUGCUGCUGCACUGGGGACUAUCCGCAGAGGGGACCAGCUGAUUGCAAUGGAUGGUCACAGUUUGUUGAAUUUGAAAUAUGAAGAGGCAAUGGAUCUUUUCCGGUCUAGUGGCACAGAAGUUGAAAUCCUCUUAUCACAAAUCAGUACAGACAUAGGAACAUUUGUGCCAGAAGAGGAACUUUGUGAUGCUAAAGCUGUUGGAUACCUCAAGCAUUCCAAUCACCAGGACUCGGCUGUUGAAAUGGUACCUGGAGGUAAAGAGUUUGAAACUAUAUCAGCCCCCACAGCAAAGCAGCAACUCUACGUUGAGAAACAUCCGUCACCUGGUCACAACAGCCGAGGUAUCCGAGCAGUCUGCUGUGUUUCGCGAGCAGAAGACGGAUAAUUGGAAGCAAUUAAUGUGGAGAGCUUGCUGGAGCGCCUGCAUCAAAAUUAAAAAUAUUAACAACCGUAACAAGUAUGAGACCUGUUGGCAUAAAUACAGAUAAAACUGUGUCCAAUGUUAUUUACCUGCAUGAAGAAACUAAUCACUGCUGUUGCAAAGAUGACGUGAGUGAAGAUAAUAUAAAUUGGCAUUGUAACCACAGAUGACUAACAACCAAGUCUUUAAGUGGCUCUGAAAUUUCAAAUACCGUUUGGGUCACAGACUGGCUUAUCGUCAUUCCAUCGAUGAAAGAAAGAAAUUGGUAAAGUUAAUAUUUGUGCAGGAUCUGAUGAGCAGGGUCAGGAUGACUGGGAUUUUGUCUACCAGAAGCUGUGUUUCCUGAUGAAAAUUAAAAACAUGUUGCUCAAGCUGAAGUAAUUAAAUCAUUCAGGACGUAGUUGUUUUCUGCGGUGAACAAAUUAUACAUAUUCAGUUUCACCUGUGUUGGAUGGGUGAUUCACGCAACAUUGUCAAUAGAAAUUAUGUGAUCACAGGAUUACUAAACAGUUGUACGUCGCAUCCGCAUUUAUGUGUUACAAAUAAAUACCUUCAGCACUUGUUGGAUUAAGCACAGACCUUUACAUUUAUUACUUAUGUUGUAAAAGUGUCCAGGCGUCUAGUGUAUAAUUUGUAAAUUUUAAUAGAGAUUCUUGAAAAGACUGUCAGUGAUUUUGUAAACACAGUGCAGUAUGCAGGCGCCUCGACUGUGAAGAAACUCUGAGAACAUGGAGUACGGAAAACAGUAAUUUAUUGAGGAUUCCAUGUUUGGGUUUUGUACACGUGGCUCAGAUGGAACUGGUGAUGUCUUCCAUGAAAGAGAGAAAGUCAUUUCUGUCAAGACUUUGUCACAAAAUAAUAAUGUAGUUCAAGUCUUGUUUCCUAAAGAAAUUGUGCCUGCGGAUAUAACAUUAGAAUCUACCAUAUCAUUGCGUUCAGAUAAAUUACAUUUUAACCGUCUGAUACAUACGACUGAAGAAAAUACACACAUCAGGCAAAGUGACCUAGACCCAUUGACAGGCAAUGAGAAAAGGACUUCGUAACAUGACUAAAAGUGGUGCUACUGGUGUCUCAGAAGGGAAUGAAUGUAGGAAUGAUUUUACAGCUGCAGCUGAAACACUGCUGGAGGACAGCAGCGGCUGUUUCUACGCUACCUCGGGGUUGUCACUGGCAGUGUUAAGAGAAACGAGUCAUGGACUGUUACAGGCUGUGUACAAACAGUUAAGCGGGAGGUUAUGUACAAAAAUAACAAGUACAUGGCUCAUACAGGAAGUGAUUGAGUAUCAAAAAGUUUUGGUUUAUUUUUUUUUAAUAUGCUUAUUGAUGAUGAAGAAUAUGAUCUCAGUUAUUACAGUAAUAAUAUGGAAAGCUCUGUUAAUUUUAAAUGUGAUUUAAUUAAAUCUGAAGUUACCAACUUAACAGAAAAGACUAACAAAGAGUUAAGUGUCUAGAAUUAAACAAGGAAGAAUGUACAGGACUUUCUGUUCACAGCAAGGCAUCGCCCAGCUGUAUGUUGUAGAAUCUCGUAUAAAAUCUGGUGUAGUGUGAGAUAAUUUACACGUAACAGUGAGUACUGCAGCCAGCAUGUGUGUAAAAAUAGUUAUGUGGUACCGUUGCAUCUUCCCCUAAUGAAAGCUGUCAGUCAUCGCUGCUUGGAGAACACACGUUUUCACUGAUUGUAAAUUAUUGUAGCAACACAAAAAACAGAAGAACUGACGAAUGUUGUUAGUUCUGCCAAUAAGAAUAUUGAAGAUUCUAUUCAGAAAAUUGUGAUGAUAUAAUUGGUACAAAUAAUGAAGAAUCUUUCAUAACAGUAAACAGAGUGAUACGUU